UGUUCAAAAUGUAAAUAACUCCUCAAAAUAUUCCCACUUUGUGGGACUUCCCACAUAAACUCAGAUUACCUAGAGUAGACCCUGCGGGGUCUAGCGCAGAGAGAGAGAGUCUUCUCUGAAUAGAGAGGAGUCAGAUCUGAGAGAGAGUGUGAGGCGCUGAGAGUGGGAGUGUUAACCUGCUUAGCUGUGCAAGUCAGAGACUGCUGCCUUCACUGCUCAUCUGCCAGUGGGGCUUUAACCACCUGCAGCUCCUCCAGCCUGUGACUCUUAAAACCUGAAACCUGUCUCAAGUCCUCCAUGGAGCAGUGUGUAUUCCAGCAGCCUGCGAUGCUCCCGUAGAGCCCCUGGUAGCUGGGGAUGUGCCAUGCUGAACGGGAUGGACCAUGGAGAGGGACCCCAAGCUUCCUCGCAUCUGUGCCUUUCUCACACUGUGGCUGCACAGGAAACACCGAGCGAAACCCUGCAGCCUGCAACUGCCUUCCCCUGGCCAGCUCUCCAGCUCGGAUGAAGGUAUCGUGAAAGAAAUUAACAUCACACACCAUGUGAAGGAAGGCUCUGAGAAGGCUGAUCCUUCACAGUUUGAACUUCUCAAAGUUCUGGGCCAAGGCUCUUUUGGCAAAGUCUUUUUAGUAAGAAAAAUCACCCCACCCGACAAUGGCCAUCUCUAUGCCAUGAAGGUCCUGAAGAAAGCAACCUUGAAAGUGCGCGAUCGCGUACGGACAAAAAUGGAAAGGGACAUCUUAGCUGAUGUGAACCAUCCCUUUGUGGUGAAACUGCACUAUGCAUUCCAGACAGAGGGCAAGCUCUAUCUCAUUUUGGAUUUCCUGAGAGGAGGAGAUCUCUUCACCCGGCUUUCCAAAGAGGUAAUGUUCACUGAGGAAGAUGUGAAGUUCUACCUAGCUGAGCUGGCUCUGGGGCUUGAUCAUUUACACAGCCUGGGAAUCCUAUACCGAGACCUCAAACCAGAGAACAUCCUCUUGGAUGAAGAAGGACACAUCAAACUCACAGAUUUUGGUUUGAGUAAAGAAGCCAUUGACCAUGAGAAGAAAGCUUAUUCCUUCUGUGGGACAGUGGAAUAUAUGGCACCAGAAGUUGUGAAUCGUCAGGGCCACACCCACAGCGCUGACUGGUGGUCAUAUGGUGUAUUAAUGUUUGAGAUGCUCACUGGCUCCCUGCCGUUCCAGGGAAAAGACCGUAAGGAGACAAUGACAUUCAUUCUCAAAGCAAAGCUGGGCAUGCCUCAGUUCCUGAGCUCGGAAGCACAGAGUCUCCUGCGAGCCCUUUUCAAAAGGAAUCCAGCCAACAGAUUAGGUUCUGGUACAGAUGGGGCAGAAGAGAUAAAGCGUCACCCUUUUUACUCCACCAUUGACUGGAAUAAGCUAUAUCGCAGAGAGAUCAAACCACCUUUCAAACCUGCAGUGGCCCGACCAGAUGACACCUUUUAUUUUGACACAGAGUUCACCUCUCGUACGCCGAAAGACUCCCCUGGAAUUCCCCCGAGUGCAGGGGCCCAUCAGCUCUUCCGAGGGUUCAGUUUUGUGGCAACUGGAUUGAUGGAGGAUGGCAUGGUCAAACCCACCCAGGCACCUCUGCAUUCUGUGGUACAGCAGCUGCAUGGCAAGAGUCUCCAGUUUAAUGAAGGCUACGUAGUGAGGGAGACGAUCGGUGUGGGCUCCUAUUCCGUGUGUAAACGCUGCAUUCAUAAAUCCACCAACAUGGAAUAUGCCGUCAAGAUCAUUGAUAAGAGUAAACGAGACCCUUCUGAGGAGAUGGAGAUCCUCCUGCGGUACGGGCAGCACCCAAACAUCAUCACACUGAAAGAUGUAUAUGACGACGGGAAGCAUGUUUUCCUCGUGACUGAGCUGAUGAGAGGAGGGGAGCUGCUGGACAGGAUCCUCAGACAGAAGUGUUUCUCUGAGCGAGAGGCCAGUUCUGUGCUGCACACGAUCUGUAAAACUGUAGAGUAUCUGCAUUCUCAAGGGGUAGUUCACAGAGACUUGAAACCCAGCAACAUUCUCUACGUGGAUGAGUCUGGAAACCCAGAGAGCAUUCGCAUUUGUGACUUUGGCUUUGCCAAGCAGUUGAGAGCUGAGAAUGGCCUUCUCAUGACCCCUUGCUACACUGCAAACUUUGUGGCCCCUGAGGUACUAAAACGUCAAGGGUACGAUGAGGGAUGUGACAUCUGGAGUUUAGGGAUACUCCUCUAUACAAUGUUGGCAGGAUACACUCCUUUUGCAAAUGGGCCUAGUGACACCCCAGAGGACAUCCUGAGCCGAAUAGGCGGAGGGAAGUUCACUCUGAAAGGAGGAAAUUGGGACACGGUUUCUGAGGCAGCCAAGGAUCUGGUAACAAAGAUGCUCCAUAUUGAUCCUCACCAGCGCCUAACAGCCAAACAAGUCCUGCAGCAUCCCUGGAUAACACAGAAGGAUAGGUUACCCCAGAGCCAGCUGAGUCAUCAGGAUGUACAGCUUGUAAAGGGAGCCAUGGUUGCAACAUACUCUGCAAUAAACAGCUCCAAGCCAAGCCCCCAGCUGAAGCCCAUUGAAUCAUCCAUUCUGGCACAGAGGCGGGUGAAGAAGCUCCCCUCCACGUCACUGUAGUGGGAAACCUGGGCAGUCCAUGGCACCAUUGUGCAGUGCUGUCACUCGUGACAUUUCACGAGCUGCUGAAGAUGGGAAGUGGGGAAACGGGCAGGAAAACAACGUGUGAAAGGAAGCCUAUUUGCAGACUGUCUUCCUCCAAACCACGUCAAGGCCAAGUGCCUUUUUCCUUUUGAAAGACUAGCUCUUCUCUUCGUGGACUCGCUUGUCCUGAUAGAAGUUCACUGUAAAACCUUUUUUUUUUUUUUUUUAAAGUGUAAAUUGAUACAAUUUUUAAAGGGAUCCAUUUGUGUAUAUGAGAACUAGAAUGUAUAAUCCAUGAAAUGAUGUCACUAAAGAGCAGAUAUGAUUUGUCUUUUUUCCUGUGAAAGGCCAGACCUUGAUUGUAGACACAUCACCUUUCACAACUGAUUUGGGGUUCAGGGCUGGUGCAGCUGGAAGUCUGACUCCCCCCCACCCACCCCCAAAACUUUUUGUAUCCUCCCCAGUGUCAAACUAGCAACUGUUCUUUCCAGAACCAUCUGUUAGAGAAGUCGCCCCAUUUUUGUGUAAAGCUUGUAAAACCAAUUCUUAAAUUUCAUCCUGUAGGUUUUGGUUUCUGCCAGAAGCCACAUGGUUGCUGUACGAGGGCAUAAGCCAUUUUAAGCACCUACUUGGUUAAACUGUCCCAGAUACCUGCAGAGUCUGGACCAUUCCUCCUCUUUGCCCCAGCAUUCAUUCAGGGUUCUGUCGGAUGAACAGAUGCUGAUAGGGAAGAAAUAUUCUCUGUUGUGAAGUCAAGUCUUUUUGGGUUGGCUUUGGUUUCUUUCUUUUUUAAUUCCUGUUUCACUUAGCACCAUCCAGGAAUCCAUGAUGCGAAGCAAAAUCUUUUUAUUUUUUAUUUUUUAAUUUAAUUGUGUUCUAUGGCUGGUAACUCAGGGUUUCUGUCUGAACUUUAUAAUAAACAUGUCAUUCAGCUGAA